UCAGCUGACCCAGCAGCAGAGCCAGCCGCGGAGGCCCGAGUGCUCCGUCAUCGCCGGCCGAGCCCCGCGCCCCCCGAGCCCCCGAGCCCCCGAGCUCCGGCCCCGCCGCCAUGCAGCCCUCCAGGCUGUGCCUCCUGCGCGCCCUCCUGCUGUGCGCGGCCGCCGCCCUGCUGCCGCCCGCCGGCGCCCUGAUCAGAAUACCCCUGCACAAAUUCAAGUCCAUCCGCCAGACCCUGAGGGAGUCGGGCGGCCCUGUGCAGCUGGCCACAGAGCCCCUCUCAAAGUAUGCCAUGGGGGGCCCUGCCCUCACUGGUGGCCCCAUCCCAGAGAUGCUCAAGAAUUACAUGGACGCUCAGUACUACGGAGCCAUUGGCAUUGGAACCCCCCCUCAGCAAUUCACUGUCGUCUUUGACACGGGGUCCUCCAACCUGUGGGUGCCAUCCGUGCACUGCAGCAUGUGGGACAUUGCCUGCUGGGUGCACCACAAGUACGAUGGGACCCACUCCAGCACCUAUGUGAAGAACGGCACCGGUUUUGCCAUCCACUAUGGCUCGGGCAGCCUCUCGGGCUACCUGAGUGAGGAUACCGUCAUGCUUCCCUAUUCCUCAGAGGGUGAAGGUUCUGGAAACAGUCUGAUGGUGAAGAAGCAGAUUUUUGGGGAAGCCACCAAGCAGCCAGGCGUCACCUUCAUUGCUGCCAAGUUUGACGGCAUCCUGGGCAUGGCCUUCCCCCGCAUCUCGGUGGACUCCGUAGUGCCGGUCUUCGACAACCUCAUGAGUCAGAAGCUGGUGGAGAAGAACGUGUUCUCCUUCUACCUGAACAGGGACCCCACUGCCCAGCCUGGAGGAGAGCUGAUGUUCGGAGGCACAGACAGCAAGUACUAUAAGGGCGACUUCACCUACCUUAACAUCACUCGUCAGGCCUACUGGCAGGUCCACAUGGACAUGAUAAAGGUGAAAAAUGACCUGACCCUGUGCAAAGAUGGCUGUGAGGUCAUUGUAGACACGGGCACCUCCCUCAUCACUGGCCCCAAAGAAGAGAUCAAGAGCCUGCACAAAGUUCUGGGGGCUGUGCCCCUGAUACAGGGGGAGUACAUGUUCCCCUGUGAGAAGGUGACCAGCCUCCCACCUGUCUCCUUUGUGCUGGGGAACAAGGCUUUUGAGCUCACAGGCGAGCAGUACAUUCUCAAGGUGAGCCAGGCUGGCCAGACCGUCUGCCUGAGCGGCUUCAUGGGCAUGGACAUCCCUCCGCCCGCCGGGCCCCUCUGGAUUCUGGGCGAUGUCUUCAUCGGGCAGUACUACACCACAUUUGACCGGGACAACAACCGCGUGGGCUUUGCCAAGGCCUGCUGACCGCCCGACGCCCUGGCUCCUGCUCUCCCUUGCCUCUCUGCUGGGGGCUGGGCGGGCUUCUGUCAGAAUGUAGAGAGAAUGGUCUAGAGAAACCACUUGUCCCCUCGCCCUCAAGAUGCCCACCCACCGCUUGGUGGGCCGCUGGGGCCCCCCGUCCUCCCCCACCACUCUGCUCUAGUCUGAGGCUUCCUCCCCCCGACCCCCAGCCCCCACACCCCCCAGGCAAGCGAGGACCUGGGCCGGUGUCUGUCCUCCGGCCUUUGGGGAGCCAGGUUGGAAGUCGAGGGAGCGGGGUCUUGGGCUGGUCCUUAGGAGAGAAGCCACCUCCCCUCAGGCUGCAGGGCCCUGGGCCUCACUUCACUGCAGAAUAUGGGGCUCCACCUCACACUCCCCCUUACUGGAGGCUGAGCUGGAACUGAGGCAUUGGCUUCUGUUGUGGUCCCCUGCCUCCCAGGCCUGAGCAGACUGAGGACUGGGGCACCUAGCCCAAGCUCUGGGCCAGGAGACCACCUCCUGGGAGGCUGAAGUGUAGGUUUGGACCCUGGGGCAGUAGGUGGUCCCCAAGGCCCUGGGGGAUUGGGGGGUAGGGCCCAGCCACUCAGGAUGGGAGGCUGGGACUUUGAGCCCCUCCCUGGCUUCUCUCUCACUGCUGUGAUUGCAGGACAGUUGAAGUAAAAAUACAUGUUUUGGGGGGACCUUU